CCGUGCACAUGGGCCAGACGUCGUUUUGCACACAGGUUGGAGGCGGGUAUGACAUGCCUUCUCCGCACAUGUUCCCGGGCGGCGGUGGAUAUGGCAUUGCUCCGAACAUGUACCCCACCCAGCACACUAUGGAAAGGGGCGGAGUGAUGAGGGACGAGUGGCAGUGGUCCCCACAGUGCCGACAACCGUCGCAGCCCAUGCAUGGCAGGUUGUCCGCUCCCUCGCCCAUGUCGGUGAGGCGGUCUGCUGCCGAGCCCUCACCUUCGAUGGCAGAUGUGCAAGGAGAGGAUAUGGAUGAGGGGUGGCCUGUCCACAGUGCAACUUCAUCACCUGCCGGCUUGCAAGGUCGUUCCUUUGGUGACGAGGAAGAUGAGUUGGUUGGCGACGAUGAAGUUGAAGGUGAUGGCGGUGACAUUGAUGGGCAAAACUCUGACAACGUGCAGGAGGAUAGGGACAGUGCUAGUGCUGGCCAGAGAGAUGGGGGCGAGAAUGUGGUUGGGCCCCAAAACAACAAGCGUGCAAACAAGCACAGGGGCAAAGAUGGUGCUGCGAAAAACAAGAAGCAAAACAUCCCCUGGAGCUUGGAUGAGAGGAUCGCGCUGUCCAGAUUGAUGGCCGAGGAUGAUGCCCUUAUGGCCGACGCCGAGUGGCAGCAUCGGUUCAAGAGAAGGAAGGACCGAUAUGAGUGGGUGCACGAUCAGAUAGCGGAGCAGGGGUUUCCGCACAGGUCGGCGGAGGAUUGUUGUAAGAAGUGGCAGGGCAUGCUGGCGGCAGCGAAGUUGAUUCUCGACAAGUGUGAGAAUGCUUCGGGGAAACCUUCGUACUGGGACAUAACCGUUGAGGAGCGGAAGGCAGGGCAGGUGCCACUAGGCUUUGAGAAAGCUUUGUGGGAAGCGAUGGCGUGGAAACUCAAUCGACCAUCCAUCAAGUGUGACCAGACGCUGGCGUCCGAGAACCCAGUUAGCAAUACCCAUCCUUGAGAGAGAAAAGUGGUCGACUUUACUCACACCAACCCACACAACCCUGCAAUCCUAGCAGACUGUCGGCCCAAACCCCUGACAAGAAUCACAGUAAAUCUCAGAAACUAGU